CGGCCACCGCUCGCCGGCGGCACGCCAGCUCGCCCGGAUCCAAUCUGCCUACGGCAGUUACAGCCAGGGCGAGAUGCUGUCCUCGCCGUUCGCGCAGCUGCAUUCCGAAGACGCAUUGGAUAGUGCCAAUGGCGCCGGUACUGGUUCUAGUGCAAGCCAGACAUUCUUGCUAAGAGAUCCACUAAGAACGUCAUUCUCCUCACUGCCCAGGAACUUUGGCCGGAAGCGCGGUGGCUCGAGCGCGUCAUUAGCAUCGUCUGGACUCGGUCACUGGCAUUCCAGCGGAUCGCAGGCUCACAUGCAUGUCUCAGGCUCCAGCGCUGGUUCCAGACGCGGUUCUGGGAGCUCGAGCGCGAGUGCUGCGACGCAGACGCAGAAACCGCCGCCGCCGUUCAGGCUGGGCAACUUGUUUCUGUCGUCGUGCCCGGGUAAGAAGGUGCGACUGAAUGGCCCGUCGAAGGGUCGAGGCGCGGUCUGCAGAGACCUGGACGUCGAUCUGCAGCGCGUCAAGGAUCUGGGUGCGCGUUGUGUGGUGUGCUGCCUCGACGACGACGAGCUCCAGUUCCUCGGCACCUCAUGGGACGACUACCGCGCGUCCGCACACCGCGCCGCGCUCGACGUCCUGCGCAUUCCCCUCCCCGAAGGCCUCUGCCCGCUGUCCCCCGCCGCGCUCGACGCGGAUCUUGCGCGCCUCACAGCGCAGUACACGCUGCACGGCGCGCACGUCCUCGUGCACUGCCGCGGCGGCGUCGGCCGCGCGGGGCUCGUCGCGUGCUGCUGGAUGCUCCGGCUCGGGCUGUGCGGCUGGAUCGCGCCGUGGGCGGGGCCGCCGGUUGCGCAGGAGCUGGAUGCGGAUGUGAGGAAGGAUACGAUUGUGCUUGUGCAGCGCGCGAUUGCGGUCGUGCGGAGGCGGAGGAGUGUUAAGGCGAUCGAGACGCUUGAGCAGGUUAGGUUUUUGGUGGAGUAUGUGGAUUGGCUGAGGGAGAAUGUUGUUGGCGGGGAGGUGAGGGUUGGCGCUGCUGCUGCUGGUGUUAGUGACGGCGCCGGUGACGGUGCCAGUGCGCAGGGGCCGAGGACGUCGAGAAGAGUGGAUGGAGCUGUGACGUCGCUGGCAGCAGCGGCAGCGGCGGCCACGGCGAUCGCUGCGCUCGCGCCGACUGUGCAGCCCAUCGAGCAGCUCUUUCCUUCGCAGCCUGAACGGCCUUUGCCCUCGCCGACGCAGAGUUGCACGUCGCCGUCGUCGUCAUUAUCCUCAUCUUUGGCGGCAGCGGUGGCAGCAGUUGUACCCGCCGUGUCGACGGUCGUGACCGAGUUUGCGUCUGCGCCUGAUCCUACUUCCGCUCCCCCAUCCGACACUGCGCUCAGUCCUACGCCGGCUGCAUCCACACUUGCCUCAGACUCUCCUUUGUUAUCUGCUUCAGAUGCUCCUGCUGUCGCAAACGAAGCAGCCACGCACCAGGUACCUGCGGUGCCAACGUCCACACCUUCUCAAGGCGUUCUGUGCGCUGCGUAAUUCAAUUCGGCGCAUCCACCGACGGCGCUGAGUCGGAGUUCUUCAAUAUCCUUUCUUUCCUUCACUUUAUAAUGUGUAUACGUCUGGACCUUCAUUUUCUCAGUCAUGAGAACUUUCAUUAUCGUAGCAUUCAACUUGGAAUCCUCAUCCUCUCAACGCUUCUUUUUCCCUCUUCAUGUCGUUUAACCUGCGUAUUUGCAUAUCUCCUUCGUUUGUCUCAUACCGCCGACUUUGUUUAUACUGUACGUCAUAUUACUUUAUACCACGCAUGUUAUAACC